GCCCGAACGCCGGGAAAACACGAGCCGUUUUCCGCCGCGCGCCGAACUUUCGGACGAAUAUCCGAGCGCGCUUCAUUCGAAAGUUCAAAUUUCGAAACGCGAUAGUAUUCCAUUCGAAUUUUAAAUACUUUAUUUUCAACUUCGUUAUAUGUGUAAAAGUGUAAGAUUAUUUUGAAAACACUAGUGGGAUGUUGAUGUGAAAUACUUUCUCUUGAAUGUGUUUGUAAAAGUUCUUUUUAGUGUCCAAUUUGACCGUAGCCGAAGUCCAUCCAUCAAACUCUGCUACGAGAGGACAAUUGUACCGGAGCACAAACGUCCGAAGCACUUAACAUGUCCAUCUAGACUAUUCUCUCGUCUAAAGAAUGAUAGCCUUCGAGUGAAUUUGAGAAAAUAGGCGAAGACAAUCUGUUACCGAUGAACGACCUAAAUUACAACGCAGGGAUGAGUUCCUAUCAAUUCGUCAACUCACUGGCGUCCUGCUAUGGAAACCAGGCACCCGGGCGUACGGGGACGCCCGUCGAGCAAGGUGGACACCCGGGUUUGCCCACGCCGGGAGCCGACUACUACAAUCCGAACGCGGCGGCGACAGCGUAUCCUAACACGUGUUAUUCACCACCGCAGGUCGGACACCAUUAUCCGCAACAUCCAUAUGCAACGCCAGCGACGGGCGCUCACAUGCAGCCGCAGACGAUGAUCGACUACACUCAGCUUCACCCUCAAAGACUCGGAGGUACCCCGAGUCAUAUGCACCAGCACUCGAACCCUAGCCCUGGCGCACUCUCGCCCAACCUGAUGUCGACAACGCCUAGCCAGGCGGCAAACGCGAGUUGCAAAUUCGCUGACUCGACCUCUACUACCGGCGUGGCCUCUCCUCAAGAUCUGUCCACUUCAUCCGGACCUGGUAGAACCUCCCCUGGCUUUGGACCGGUCGGUCAGAACGCCACCGGCAACAACAGCGCCAAGCUCGGCCUGACUACACCGAUUGCGUCGCCAGUGGAGCACAAGGCUAACGUGAACCAGAACAUUUCCAGCCCAGCGUCCAGUACGUCGAGCAAUGAAAGCAACGAAGCGAAUAACUCCAGCUCUAACAACACAAAGAACUCCAAGGCGUCGAACUCGCAAGCAAAUCCUCCGCAGAUUUACCCGUGGAUGAAAAGAGUGCAUCUCGGACAAAGUACAGUGAAUGCAAACGGGGAAACGAAACGUCAGAGGACAUCAUACACGCGUUACCAGACGCUCGAGCUGGAAAAGGAGUUCCACUUCAACCGGUACCUGACUCGGAGGAGAAGGAUCGAGAUCGCGCACGCGCUUUGCCUCACCGAGCGCCAGAUAAAGAUCUGGUUCCAGAACCGCCGCAUGAAGUGGAAGAAGGAGCAUAAGAUGGCAUCGAUGAAUAUCGUCCCGUACCAUAUGAAUCCGUAUGGCCAUCCGUACCAGUUUGACCUUCACCCGAGUCAAUUUGCGCAUCUCUCCGCAUAGGAUCAGUGGAAUUUUUCGAAUAGUGGAUAACUGAUUUACUAAAAAUACAGUCGAUCGUCUAGAAGACGGGGUUGCUCGUACCAUUUCAAAUCCAAUUUAGAUUUUUGAUGAUAUAGCAACCAGACUGGAUCAGUUAUUCGCUGUUCGAAAAAUUUCAUAAUGUGCUAGACAAAAAUUGUUGAAAUAACUAUUGUGACACUAUUAGUGACAGAAAAGACUUGUGUUUGUGCAAAGUGAAGAACAAGAAGAAAAUGUGUGUUUGAAUAAAAUCCUAAUUUAAGACCAAACAUGUAACAUAACUUAAUAUAAAUUCAAUACAUAGAGUCUAUUAGAUAUCCGAGAUCAUCAGAAUCGUGUUUCGAACGAAGGAUAUCUUCGAUCACUACCAUUAUUGUUUCGACGUUUAUAAAAAUGUUUAAACAAUAACAAAUAUUGUUGUAGAAAAAAUUUUACCUAGUCAUAAGCCGUAAUUUGAUCUACGUACUAUUCCUAAUAGUGUAAAAUAAUUUAAAGUUUAAUCAUGUAAAUUGUGAUGGCUACUUAGACUUUAAGGUAGACAUUUGUUUUAUGAAGCGCUGUGCGUAACCGAUAAUCUGAAUUUGGUAAUGCGUUAGCCGUCACCACAUACAACAAAUUCGGAAAUGUACAGGGAUUUAGUGAAAAUUGUCAAAUAUGAUAUACGUUCGAAUCGUAUGACAAAACAAAAUUUGGUUUAAAAACAAACAGGAUCAAACAGGAUCAUAAAAGGCAAUGCUUGGAAGGACGCUGUGAAACUAUUUGAAAAAUAUAAGCUCAGUUAAUGAAAAUAAAUAAUGUGAAUAGGUAGAAGUUUUUGCUUAAUAUUGUAAAUACAUUUUGUCAUGUAGUUGUAUGGUGGAAAUUUAAUAUAUUAUUCAGCUUAGUACUUCUUUAAGAACUGUUUUAUGUUCCUGUUCUUAGUUGUAAAUACGUAGUAAAAUAUUUAUGUCACUUACACUUACGGUUCGUCUAACAUGAUCAACUUUGAAUUUCUUACGAAGCAUACCAGUACAUGUGACUACUUAAUAUAAUUAAUAUCGUAUUUGUAAAAUGUACUUAAAUAUUCUUAGCAAGUAAAUAUAUUGUUUCCUUAAACGACUAAAAAUUUAGUUAUUUUUUUAUUAUUUUCAAACCCACUGUCCCAUGAAGGACUUGCAGUUAAAAACAUUUCGUUAUAAUAGAAAUGUCGUGGUCAACUGUGAUAUUUUGUUAAAUUUUAUUUUUAAGUCAAACAAUGAUUUGAGUUUAGAAAGAUUUUUUUUCCUUUCAGUGUUCACGUUACUAUUUUGAUUUCCCGAACCGUUUAAUUUGUUUCUUUAUUUAUUGUUUGUAAAUAUUAGACGUAAAUAUUAGAAUAAUUCAAUUUAAUAAUGUUCAAAUUCAUUAAAACUAUGCGUAAGUAACUUCUAUGAAAUGUAUCAUGGACUUUUAAAUAACUGUGCAAUAGAACGCGGCCUAAGUUUUAUUGUUCCCCGAUCUUCCUUCUAUUUUGUAUGAUACUGUUUUAGUUGUGUUAUUUCAUUGUAAUUAAUAAAAUAUAAAUAUGUUUAUCGUUCAUUCCAAUUUAAAUGAGAUCUGUAGCGUGGAAGUAUGCUCCACUGGUCAUUUAAAUUAUUGUAUCGUAUGAUUAAAGUGUAUUAAAUUUUGAA